UAACCGCAGUACGCAUCCAAACUCGAAAGUUGAGCGAUUGGAGGAUUGGAUGUUUAGCUAUGACAUAUUUACGGGAGAUAGGUCGAAAUUAUAGAUUAUAAAUAAUUUAAGGGAAGUAGUUAGAUUAUAGAAUAGAAAAGAUGCCUCCAGGUUUACUUAAACCCGGAGCUAAAUGUUCCUUUUGUGUACGAUUAUUCAAAUGGUUUCCAGUCAUCUUCAUAACUACGAUCGUCGCUUGGUCCUACUACGCUUAUGUCAUACAACUGUGUUUCUGUACAGUUAAUACUGUAAUUGAAACUGUUUGCUACUUCUUUGUAUAUCAUAUAUUAUUCAUCAUGUUUAUGUGGUCCUACUGGCAAACUAUAUUCACAGAUGUUGGUGUAGUCCCAAAAAUGUUUAAGUUGCCCUCUUCAGAAGUAGAAAAAUUUGAAAAAGAGACAAGUGAAGAAAAUCAGCGAAAAAUUUUAGAGAAAUUUGCUAAAGAACUUCCUGUAUCUUGCCGUGCCCUAAAUGGAGCAAUUAGAUAUUGUGAGAAAUGCCAUCAUGUAAAGCCAGACAGAGCACACCAUUGUUCAAUUUGUGGAAUGUGUAUUCUAAAAAUGGAUCAUCACUGCCCUUGGGUUAAUAACUGUGUAUCAUUUACAAAUUACAAAUUCUUUAUAUUAUUUCUGGGCUAUGCAUUAAUAUAUUGUGUCUUCAUUGCCGCAACAACACUUCAAUAUUUUAUAAAAUUUUGGACAAAUGACUUGGAAGGUUGGGGAAAAUUUCACAUAUUAUUUCUUUUCUUUGUUUCUGUGAUGUUUGCUAUCAGUUUAGUAUCACUGUUUGGUUAUCACUGUUACUUAGUAUCUGUGAACAGAUCAACUCUUGAAUCCUUUCGACCUCCUAUAUUCAGAUAUGGUCCCGAUAAAAAUGGGUUUAGUUUGGGUAAAUAUGCUAAUUUUAUUGAAGUUUUUGGAGAAGACAAACAAAAAUGGUUUCUUCCUUUUGCUACAAGUGUGGGUGAUGGGAUCGUUUAUCCUACUCGCGCACAACCAGGCAGCACAUACAACUCCAUGGGCAGCACUGAUCCUCCAAGUAGGGGCGAAGGAAUAAUUUAUCCUCAGUGUAAAAGGGAAGAAGAUACCAACGGUCUUCUCAAUUCUCAAAAUCAUUGGAGCGAAGGCGCAUCCGCAUCGGAAGAAGACACGGCAUUAAACGAAAACUUGUCAAUUUCAAGAUCAAGUGUUGCAUCAGAUGUCAAACUUGUCAGUCAAUAAACAUCAUUAAUUUACAAGUUUCUUUCUUCUCUUAAUUCAUAUGUAAGCAAACAUCAAGGACAUGUAAUAUAAACAAAUUCAUAAAAGUACUUCGAUUAAAGCGUAAUAAUAUUCAAAUGUAAUUGAGAAGAAGUAAUAAUUUUGUCACAUCCUUAAAUUAUAUUUUUUAAAUAUAUUUUUUUUAAUUUUUGUUUCUAAUCAUUUUUUAUUCGAUAAUCUGCCAACGAUGAUAAAUAUUUAUGCCGUUAACAUAUUUGUAACGAUGUAAAACGAUUUUAUUCGGCAUACUUUAAUUCUGCCGGAUUAUAUUGCGUCGACGGAGAGUCAAAUUUUUAGUGAAAGCCAAAAUAGUUUUAACUAUUAAAAAUAUAAAAUAAACUAUAUUCUGAUUCUACUAUACUGUGAUAUAAAAAAUAAAAUUCGAUAAAAAAAAAUAGUGUAACGAUAUGUACAAAUCACAAAACAUUUUGUGCAGCCUAAAAAAGUGCAUACGUGGGUUUGAAGGGCUACACGGGACCACAACGUUGCAAUUUUAUGAAUAUCUGCAAAGGAAUAUCUACGACCGAAUAUUCUUUCUAAGCAAUUGAAUUUGUUACUAGAAUUAAUGCUAUUAAAUGCUCUUAGAUUUAAUUUGUGAAGUACUUUUUUGUUAUCCGCACCACGAUACUCUAAAUGUCGAACAUCACAUCCUUCGGAACUAAAUUUGACUUGUCGGAUAAUGUUUUUUGUAAUAUAUAAAACUAAAAUAUUCAAUCAAAAAUCCAAACAUGUUUUUAUUUCGAAUGUCAAACCUUCUUCACUUAAAUACAAUUCAAAAAGAUGGGUUAUCAUGAAAUUUAAUGGUGCUAUUGAUAAAUGAAGCAUAUCUGAAAAAAUAUUUUUACUAUAGUUUGUUUUAGCAAUGAAUCAAAAUGUUUAUUAUUUUAAAUUGUAUAAAAAGAUAAAUCCUAAUUAUACUGUGUUUUAAAAAAAAAAAAGAAAUUAUUUAUCUUUAGUUUUAUAUUUUAAAUAGAAAAAUGAUACUGUAAUGUUAACACUUAAGCAAAUUUACUGGAGAUAAAACUAAAAAUAUAAUUCUUAGGUUAUUCCUACCACAUUUUGAAUUAUUGCACCGUAUUUGUUUGAAAAUUUAAAAAUUAAUUAGUUCCUCUUGUGUAAAUAUUAUAUUUGUGUAUUAAAUAUGAAAUUUUCUAUCAAAAGAUGCUUGUUACUCUGUUCAAAAUACAUCUACUUUUCUUCUCGGUUUGCUGUAGUUUGAAGACUUUCUGAAUACAAGUAUAUGAUAAUAUUAGGGGCCGAACUUAUGUUGUGCAGGGCAAAAUUCAUUGGCAGAUGCUCCCUAAAAUAUUUUUUUAAUUUGUCAUGCAUAAAUAGAAAAAAAAUUCAUUAUUUAAAAGACAUUUUAUAAUUUGGAGAAUAUAUUUUGUAUUUCAUUUUUUUUUUCAAUUGCAAUGCCCCUGAUGGCAUAGUGCCCCGGGCCAGUGCCCACUUGCCCAUGCCUACGCUCGGCCCUGAUAAUGUUUCCCAAUAGGCCCUAAUUGACAUAAUCUUUGCUCUGUUUCAA